UAGCAAUGGCUGCAUUAUUGCAUCAUUUCUGCUUGCCCUACAUUUACCCUGUAACGAAAAACAUGCCCAUCUACCCUCAACAAAGGACACCUGCCAAUUCUAUGAAAACUAGGCAUGCCAUUUGCUCACUGAGCACACAGACUUCUCAUUCAGCAAGGGAUGAAAGAAAAUCGGCUAAUUAUCAACCAACCAUAUGGAGUUACAACUUUGUGCAGUCCUUAAAUAAUACCAAUGCGGAUGAAAUGCACAGGGAUAAGGCAAAGAAGCUGGAGGAGGAGAUAAGAUGUAUGAUUGAGAAUGAAGAUGCAGAGUCAUUAAACAUUCUCGAAAUGAUUGAUGACAUUCAACGGCUCGGUUUGGGUCACCGUUUCGAAAAUGACAUACAGAGAAUCCUAGAUGAAAUUCAAUAUUUGAAACAAAAAGGCCAUUGCAAAUCCCAGAAAUCUCUCCAUGCUACUGCUCUCACUUUCAGACUCCUUAGACAACAUGGCUAUGAGGUGUCUCAAGCUGUGUUUAAGGAUUUCAUGGACCACAAGGGCGAUAUCCUGGCCAAACUUGAAAAGGACAUAAAAGGAAUUCUAAGUUUGUAUGAAGCCUCCCAUCUUGCUUUUGAAGGAGAAGACCUUUUACAAAAGGCAAUGGUACAAACAAGCAUACAUCUCAAGAAUAUCUACAACAAAUCAGAAUCAGAAUCACUGGAGAUCAAAGAAAGCAUUAGCCAUGCUCUUGAGCUUCCAUUGCACCAGAGAAUGGUUAUGCUGGAAGCACGCUGGGCUAUCGAAACAUAUAGUAAAAGAGAGGAUGCAAAUUUCAAGCUACUUGAACUUGCAAAGCUGGAUUUCAACAUGGUGCAGUCAGUACUUCAAAGAGAUCUCAAGGACAUGUCAAGGUGGUGGGACAGUUUAGGCAUAUCAAACAAGUUGGAGUUUUGCAGAGAUAGACUAAUGGAAUGCUUCUUCUGGACAGUUGGAAUGGUAUUUGAGCCAGAGUUUAGUUCUUGUCGCAAAGGGCUAACAAAAGUCACAUCUUUCAUAACCACCAUAGAUGAUGUCUAUGAUGUUUAUGGUACUCUCGAAGAAUUGGAGCUAUUCACCCACGCUGUUGAGAGAUGGGAUGUAAGUGCAGUGAGAGAUCUUCCUGACUAUAUGAAGAUAUGUUUCCUUGCUUUCUUCAACACCAUCAAUGAGAUAGCUUACCACACUCUCAAAGAACAAGGAGAAGAUGCCAUUCCUUACCUCAAAAAAGCAUGGUCUGAUUUGUGUAAAGCAUUCUUAAAAGAAGCAAAAUGGAGCUACAACAAAUAUAUACCAUCAUUUGAAGAGUAUCUUGAAAAUGCCUGGCGAUCAGUAUCAGGAACUGUUAUACUGAUUCAUGCAUACUUUCUAAUGUUUCCAAGUAAUUCCAAGGAGCCACUUGAUUGCUUAUAUAACUAUCAUGAUCUACUUCGAUGGCCAUCCAUUAUUUUUCGCCUUUCCAAUGAUUUAGGGACUUCCUCGGCAGAGAUAGUUCGAGGUGAAACCGUAAAUUCAAUCUCCUGCUACAUGAACGAAACUGGUGUUUCUGAAGAACAAGCGCGUGAACACAUAAGUAAAUUGAUAGGCAAGGCAUGGAAGAAGAUAAAUGAGCAGAAAAUUGAUGAGAAAACUCCAUUUGCUAAGCCUUUUGUGGAAGCAGCAAUAAAUCUUGCCAGGAUUGCCCAAUGCACAUACCAACAUGGAGAUGGCCAUGGUGCUCCUGAUUGCAGAUCAAAGCACAGAGUCCUAUCGUUGAUUAUUGAACCUAUUUCAAUUAAUGUACAUAAAUGGCCAAAUCAAUAAUGGUGCUCUUUAUACUUCACUCUUUUAUAUUUGCACCCUAAGUUAAAAUGAUAAAAUUACCCUUACAUCUAUAUUAUUGUUGUAGAUGCCUAUUUUUGCAAUUGAUUGUAUGAUCAAUGUAUUUAAACAUAGGAUAUUCACUAUUUAUAGAACAUAUCAAUCAUUGAACGCCAUUACUCAUUCUAAUUACGUUAUUCAAUUUGAUUCCUAAACCUCCUACAUUGUGGCACUUAUAUAUGUAAAUCUUCCAAAAUUCUGUCCUAAAACAGCAAAUAACAUGGCCAGGCCAUAUUGUGGUAAAAAAAUGGAACCAUCCUCUCAUCCUUCCUUACCUUUCCCUCCCCUCCCUACCAGUAACCAUAAUCUUCUUUCCAGUGAUCCCUCUUCCUUCAACCACCAUAGCACACAAAACAAGCCUUCAUUUCAUAACCUCCUUACCAUAAACAUUGAAAACUUUCUGCCCCA